AUGCCGUCGUUCUCGAUCCUUCUGUCGGUCCUCUAUGCGACAUCGUUGGUCGCAGCAGCGAGCCAAAAAUGCUACAGUCUUACUGGCGCAGAACUCGACAGCACGUUCACGCCAUGCAACUCAACCGCUGAGCACAGUGGCUGUUGCGCCACGAACCGACCUACUGGCGCCGACAUCUGCCUAGAUAGCGGCUUGUGUAUGGCCACCAAGAGCGAGUAUAUUGGCACCAUAUGGCAAUCUGGAUGUACAGACUCGACUGGCAAAGCUACACAGUGUCCACAGAUAUGUCCUGGCAUGAACAACGAAUUUGGUGGGUUGAACCCAGUGGCUGCAUGGAACAUACAAACGUGUGAUUUCGGUACAUACUGCUGCAGGGCGAUCAAUGAUCGACGAAACUGCUGCAACAACUCCACAGCGCCCAGGGUCACAACAACCUCCAUUGGUGCAUUCCAAAUUCAGACUGCAACACUGGUGUCGUCAUCAACCUCUACUGCAGCGCCUUCAUCUGCGACUGCUUCGGACUCUCCGUCGGAACUCGAAGCAACCCUGACAUCCAAUGAGGAUGUAUGCAAGAGCCAGAAGCACAAGACAGCUGUCGUUGGUGGUACCAUUGGAGGCAUACUUGGUGCAGCGGUCAUCGGCCUGAUUGGUCUUGUGUACUGGAUGUCAAAGCGAGAGCAGCGACAACGGAAGCUCAAGGAGCACUACGAGGAGCAGUUUGCGCAGACCUGGGCGUACCGAAAAGCUAUGGCGGCUAGUACAACCUCGGUGAGGACGGACUCUCAUGAAGAAUUCAUAGGCAAGUCGAGCGGGAGCUAA